AUGCUGCUCCUCGCACUCGGCGUGCUCGCAUCGCCGCUGCUGCUGCUGCCGCUGGCCUUUGUGCUGGCGGCCGUGUAUCGGCGCGUGCUGGCGGCGCUGCGCCUCGACACGUACGCACACCUGCCGCAGCCGCGCCACGCCGACGCCUGGCUGCGCUCCCUCGUCUUUGGCGACCUCGGCGCCGUGCAGCGCGCGCCGCCCGCCGAGCAGCACCUGGCGUGGGGCCGCGAGCUGGGCGAUGUCUUUGUCUAUCGCUCCAUGUUCUACACGCCGCGCCUCUGGCUCGGCGACGCCGGCGCUCUGAACCACAUCCUCGGUGCGGCCCACUCGUACGAAUACCCCAAGCCGGGCGACGUGCGGCGCUUCCUCAAGAACCUGCUCGGCGAGGGCGUGCUCGUCGCUGAGGGCGACGUGCAUCGUCGGCAGCGGCGCAUCAUCCAGCCGGCAUUCAACCUCUCUUCGAUCCGCGACCUCACGCCCGUCUUCUUCAAGCAUGCCAACCGCACCUCUGCCAUUCUGGCGCGCCUCACGGCAGAGACGAGCGAGGCGAAAGAUGCGCCUUUCGUGCCGGGCCAGAGCGCACUGAGCGCACAGAAGUGCGGCAAGGGCAGCUUGGUGCUGGAUGUCAGCGCCUGGCUGAGCAAGACGACGCUGGACAUCAUCGGCGAAGCUGGCUUUGGCUUCGACUUCAAGGCGAUCGACGAGUUCGAGGGCAUCGCGAAGGGCGACGAUGUCGCUGCUGCAUUCAACACGAUGAUGUCUGCGACGGUGGACAUUGGCCUGGUGCAGAUCUUGCAGUUCUACCUGCAGACGCUGCCGGGCAUGGCCUGGGUGCGCGACCUGCCGACGCAGCGCCAGCGCCUGAUGCGCGCCACAUACGCCGUGCUGGAGCGCUCUUCGCAGCGCAUCAUUGCAGAGAAACGCGAGGCCAUUGCGGCGGAGCUGAGAGAGGCCGCAGGCGAGAGCGAGAAGCAGGCUAGCGGCAAGACGUUCACCAAGGGCGCCUUUGAGGAUGCUCGCUCCUCGUCGGGCCGCGACUUGCUGCAUCUCAUGCUGCGCUCCAACAUGGCGUCGGACAUCAAGGAUUCCGAGCGCCUCUCUGAUGCAGAGCUUCUUGGCCAAUUGACGACGUUGAUCCUCGCAGGCCACGAGACGACGCAGACGCAGCUCUCGUGGUGUCUCUGGGUGCUCUCGUCGCGCCCGGCCAUGCAGCAGCGGCUGCGCGACGAGCUGGUGGAGCACUUUGCGGGGCGCGACGAGCUCGACUUUGAUGCGCUCAACAACCUCGAGUACCUCGACUUUGUCACAAAGGAGAUCAUGCGCUACAUCUCGCCCGUCGUGGCGACUCGUCGCACUCUCGUCAAGGACGACGUGGUGCCGCUCAGCAAGCCGUAUCCGCGCAGCGACGGCAAGGGCUCGUUCAGCUACGUCGAGCUCAAGAAGGGCCAAGACGUCUUCAUCCCCAUCCAGUACAUGAACCGCAGCAAGGAGCUCUGGGGCCCCACGGCCGACGAAUUUGACCCCGAGCGCUGGCGCAACGUGCCGGAGCAGGCCAAGGCGGCCGGCUUCCCGCUGCAUCUCCUCACGUUCAUCGAGGGUCCUCGCGGCUGCGUCGGCAACCGAUUUGCCAUCACGGAGUUCAAGGCACUGCUGGCCAGCCUGCUGCUCAAGCUGCGCUUCGAGCACAUCGAGGGCUGGGAGGUGGAGCAGAAGCAGGGCGUCGUGGUGCGCGGCCGCAUCAAGGGACAGGAGGAGCUCGGCAUGCAGAUGCCGCUGCGCCUUACGUGCGUGUAGAUGAUUCGACGAUGCUCCUUCUCCCUGCCUCGCAACAUGCCGCGUUACGCCUGAGCAUAGGGCUCUCUGGCCAAGGACUUCUCUGCGCAUGG